AUGAAACUAGUAUGCACAUCCCUGCGUGAGCAUGGAUUUUCUGCCCAACAACAUCAGGUUAUUUUUGUGUCUAGGACCGCUGCCUCUUCGUGUUGCUCAUCGUAUAAACCUGAAACCAAACAUGAUGCUGUAACUUCUAUUGAUGCUUUGAUCAACUAUCCCGAACUGCAUCAGAUUUUCACAUUUUUUUAUCAACGACGAUAUUUGUGGUCGGUUAGAACAUUUAUAGAUUACUACUCACCAAAAGAGUCAUGUGAUACUUUUGAGACAGCAAUAUGUUCUUACAAGAUAUACCCAAGAAAGUGUCUAUAUCGUACACUCUCUAAACGACUCUCGUGUAGCAUCCUGUACAGCCGAUACUUCUGCUCCCAUUUUUGCGAUCAGCCCAGCUCGUUAUCUUUUACUGGUUUACUUUCGAUGCCAAUGGUGUUUAGGCAGCGUCGUUUCGUAGUCAUGAAACAAGACAGGCUGCCAAAUUCUUUAUCUACUAACCAUGAGAGUGUAUCAGAGUCAAAUAUCUUGUUUCUGAAACUGGUUUUUGUGUGUCAUCACAUCUCUUUUCAAAGACGAUGUUGCAUAGCAGAAAAAUCAAUUACCUCAAUGUGA